GCUCUCGGGCGCGCUCCCGGGCGGCGCCUGCGCAGAAGGACGAGGAAACUGGUUCCCCGUGCGGUCCCGGCGCCUGCGCGCUGCGCUCUCCGGGCCUCCCGGCCUGAGGUAGAGGAGCCGGGAAGAUGGCGGCUGUGGUGGAAAAUGUAGUGAAGCUCCUUGGGGAGCAGUAUUACAAAGAUGCCAUGGAGCAGUGCCACAAUUACAAUGCCCGCCUCUGCGCUGAGCGCAGCGUACGCCUGCCUUUCUUGGACUCACAGACUGGGGUAGCCCAAAGCAACUGUUAUAUCUGGAUGGAAAAGCGACACCGGGGUCCAGGAUUGGCCUCUGGGCAGCUGUAUUCCUACCCUGCCCGGCGCUGGCGGAAAAAGCGGCGCGCUCACCCUCCUGAGGAUCCUAGGCUUUCCUUCCCAUCUAUUAAACCAGACACAGACCAGACCCUGAAGAAGGAGGGCCUGAUCUCUCAGGACGGCAGUAGUUUAGAGGCUCUGCUGCGCACUGACCCCAUGGAGAAGCGAGGUGCCCCAGAUCCCCGAGUUGAUGAUGACAGCCUGGGCGAAUUUCCUGUGACAAACAGUCGAGCACGGAAGCGGAUCCUAGAACCGGAUGACUUCCUGGAUGACCUCGAUGAUGAGGACUAUGAAGAAGACACUCCCAAGCGUCGGGGCAAGGGGAAGUCCAAGGGUAAAGGUGUGGGCAGUGCCCGUAAGAAGCUGGACGCUUCCAUCCUGGAGGAUCGGGACAAACCCUAUGCCUGUGACAUUUGCGGAAAACGUUACAAGAACCGACCAGGCCUCAGCUACCACUAUGCCCAUUCCCACCUGGCUGAGGAGGAGGGCGAGGACAAGGAGGACUCGCAGCCACCCACCCCGGUUUCCCAGAGGUCUGAGGAGCAGAAAUCCAAGAAGGGUCCCGAUGGAUUGGCCCUACCCAACAACUACUGUGACUUCUGCCUGGGGGACUCGAAGAUCAACAAGAAGACAGGACAACCCGAGGAGCUGGUGUCCUGUUCUGACUGUGGCCGCUCAGGUACUUCCGAUCCAGGGCCAGGGCUGCCACAGCCGGCACCCAGUGCCCAAGGGGUUCGUGGCUUGCCAGUGUCCAGUGGCUGUCACAGUCAGCCAGGGUCACCUUGCUUCUUCCCCAUUGCUGGCUGCCUCUCACUCGAUCCCUCCCCCACAGGGCAUCCGUCCUGCCUCCAGUUCACGCCUGUGAUGAUGGCAGCAGUGAAGACCUACCGCUGGCAGUGCAUCGAGUGCAAGUGCUGCAACAUCUGCGGCACCUCUGAGAACGACGACCAGCUGCUCUUCUGUGAUGACUGCGAUCGUGGCUACCACAUGUAUUGUCUCACCCCAUCUAUGUCUGAGCCUCCUGAGGGAAGUUGGAGCUGCCACUUGUGUCUGGACCUGCUGAAGGAGAAAGCUUCCAUCUACCAGAAUCAGAACUCCUCUUGAUGUGGCCACCCCGACCCCCCAUACAUCUAGGGCUGUUUCUCUCCUCUGCUCUCGUUUUUCAUACCCACCCUCCCUUCCUCCUCCCUUUCGCAAGCCCGGAGAACCUCGGGGUGGUCAUGCCAACCUGCCUUUGGCAGCAGCAAGCUGAGGUGGCAGCUCUGACCGCCUCUGGCCCCAGGCCCUCAGGGAGAAGGGGGCAGCACACUGCCCCAAGGUGUACCUGUGGGCCCAGCCGCUCCCUGCUCUCCCUGAAAUGCAUUCACUCUCUCUGCCUUGGGCCCCAGCCCUGGUGAUCUCGGAGUUCAGUGUCCUGUGAGAAAGAGUGGCAGAGCAGCUCACUUCUCUCUCAGCUCUGCCUCCACUCUGGUCCCCAGGGUUUUCCCUUCCCCUAAAGGUGAGCCAGGAUGGGGCCUCUGCAGAGAGCAGCUGGGAAUGAGAACUGAGCAGGCCGAGGUGGUGCUUGCGGGGAGCUUCCCAUGCCCUUCGUGCUGCUUAACCUCAUCACCUCCUUCCCCCAGAGGGCUUUCUGGCUGGCUGUUCCUGCUACCCAGGAGCCAGGAUGCUGGCUCUGCCCUGUUCCUGCCACCCCACCCCAGGGGUGUAGCAGCUUCCCCUGCUUCUUCCUCAAGCUCGCCUGGCUCACCCUCCCAGGCGGUCUCUAGUGACUGAAGCAUUCCCUCCCUUGUGACUUUCUUUUACAUCCCCGCCUAAUUCCCUUCGGUUUUGUGGGGGGAGAGGGGAAGCAUCAGGGGGCCAGGCCGGCAGCUUGGGGGGCCACAGGAAGGUGUUGGAUAAUGUGCCUGUUUUUUAACUCGACGAAAAAGCCUACCUCCGCAAUCCCCUUUUUGUUCUUCCUGGACCUGGGCCUUCAGCUCCUGCCCUUAACUGAAUUGGAAGCCUCUGCCUCCUGCUUUGUGUGUCCUGGCUCCUGGGUUGUGGGGAAGCCACAUAGACAUCCCUUUCUUCCCUUGCACACUCGCUUGCAGCUGGUACGAUCUUCAAACCCUGAUUCUUCAGUUUUCUGCCUGGUGACACUGACAUUAAGUAGUUGGGGGGACAGUCCAUGCCAGGACACCCUGGAGUGUCCUUCCCCCUUGGCUGUGGGCAGGCCCUAAUUCACUCUCACUUUGGAGUUGAGGUGUCUUUUUUUUUUUUCUCCCCCUCCCUUCCUUCCUUUCCUUCUUUCCUUCUCUUUCUCUCUUUUGUUCCUGUAUUCUGAGCAUUAGUACAAUAAACAUUUUUACACGGA